UUUGAACGUGUCGGCAGAGCUUACAGUUGAAAUUAUUAUGGAAAUGAGACUUUAAACAGUCAAAGGGAAAACUAAAGAACUCUCCAAAUACUAUACUCUCAAAACGGUAUAUACUCUCCAAACGGUAUACUCUCCAAACAUUAUACUCUCCAAACAGUAUACACUCCAAACGGUAUAUACUCUCCAUACGGUAUAUACUCUCCUAACAGUAUACUCUCCAAACAGUAUACUCUCGAAACAAAAUGCUAUGUGGGUCGUUGUUGCGGAAGUUUUGUGGGAGAAUCGGGAGAGCUGUCACCAUCCUGUUGCUUUGCUGCCUGGCCACCAAGCUUACUUUUCUGUUCGUAACAAAAGGGAUUGCUCAGCCUAAUUCACAGCGGCCAUUGUGUACAAACAGUGUGAAUGCGUUCGACAGGCCUAUGAUGACAGAGCCUACGUCCUCCCGAAAGUCAAAAGACGGGGUUAUCUCUAAAACACCCUUCCAGGUAUUGAUGUAUGGAACACCAAGAAAGCAACGGGGGUUGUUUACGAUUGGUAUUCCUUCAGCCAAACGGCCGAACACUGAUAGAGUAUAUCUGAUCGACACAGUGGAUUCAAUUGUCAAUAAAACAACAGAUGCCGAGAAAAAAGAAGUGACGGUAGUUAUCAUGCUUUGUGACUUAAACUCCACGUUUAACGAACACAUAUCUGAACGUGUUUUUAACAGAUAUAAACCCCACGUUGAAAGUGGAUUUAUUCAAAUAAUUCACGCAGAAAAAUCAAUAUAUCCGGAUCUCGAACAUGUUAAACAAACGUUUGGCGAUGCGAAAGAUCGUUUAAAAUGGAGAGCAAAACAAAAUGUUGAUUUUGCUUUUCUUAUGCACUAUUGUAUCAAUAUAUCAGAUUAUUAUUUACAGCUUGAAGACGAUGUAAUCGCUGCUUCAAAUUUCGUAAAUGGCAUCAAAUCAUAUCUUUCAAUGCCAACUCCUUGGGCAUUGUUGGAAUUUUCAAGAUUGGGUUUUAUUGGGAAAAUGUUUAAAUCUGUAGAUUUGGAAUAUGUAGCGUCAACGUUAUUGUUGAAAUACGACGAGGCUCCAUGCGACCUUCUGCUCGGCCCUAUACGAAUAGAUCUGGGCCAGAUGAAACCAUUUCAUUCCGAACAAAGCUUCUUCCAGCAUAUUGGCAGAUUUUCCUCCCUGAAAAACAAGCUGAUGCCAAAAACUGACAACAAGUUCAAAGACUCUUUUUAUUUGCACGGUUAUCCACCAGCUGAUUAUCCUGAAGCAACUUUUGAAACGACUUUCCAAACUUACUUAAACUUUGCACCAAAAUUGGCUUACGACAAGAAAGCAUCUACAUACUUUUGGGGGGAAACCCCCAAGAUGGGUGACACAUUUACAGUGAUUUUAGCGGAGCCACAGAACCUUACGAGAAUUGUCGUAUUAACAGGUAAAAAGGAGACACGGGCGGACAACCUGCUGUAUACAGAUUUAGAAUGCUCUACGUCACAUGGCGGUUCAUUGAAGAGGGGCGAGUGUGGGACAAAGUUUAAGAAAAUGACGAGCCUGGUUGACGGAGAUGCAGACACACUGGUCACAGGGACAGCCAUCCCCAGCAACGUCAAGUGCCUGAAGCUUGCCGUUAAACGUAGCCUCAAAACAUGGGUUGCAAUACGGGAAUUCUUGUUAUAUACUUAAACGGAUUUCGUGUGUUUUAGUGCAACAAUUUCAAAACGAUGAUAUUAAAACGUGUAUUUAUAUGCAUAUAUAAAAAUUCUCCGUCAAAAACAGCGAUAGUAUCCAUUUGCAUAUAUGUCAUUGUUUGGAAAAUAGCCCGCGCUCAGGCCCAUAUCAAACGUCAGCGCGUACAGGGCUGGGACAUAAGUUUCAUGACGAAAAGCUAUUACCUUUGCAAUGCAAUUUGGAGCGCUUUUCCGACUUUUAUUUUAUA